AACUACUACACUCAAGUUUUAGGCACAACGCACAACUCACUUUCCCAAUUUUCCUUUCUCAUUUCUCUACACCAUGGUUUUAGCCAAGGAAGAUAACUUGGUCUACGGCUUCAGGCUUUCCUCGGUUGGGGCGGGGAAGAUUACGGAGCCAGAUACGGUUCAUGAACCAAGUGGCAUAGACUUGGCUAUGAAGCUCCACUACCUAAGAGGAGUCUACUUCUUCAGUAGUGAGGCAGCCGAAGGGAUAAGCGUCUUGAAAAUAAAGGAAGUCAUGUUCGACUGGUUGUGUGCACACUUCCGGGAAAUGGGCCGGUUCCGGAGGUCCGAAUCCUCCGGACGGCCGUAUGUUAAGUGUAACGACUGUGGGGCGAGGUUCAUUGAGGCUCAGUCUGAUAAGACCCUUGAAGAAUGGUUAGGGAUGGACUGGUCUCUCCACAAGCUACUUGUUUCUAACCAAAUCAUUGGCCCUGAGCUGUUCUUCUCUCCUCCUGUUCUCUUCCAGUGGACCCGUUUUAAGUGCGGAGGAGUGUCAGUAGGGCUUAGCUGGGCCCAUGUUCUGGGAGAUGCAAUAGCUGCUUCAGAGUACUUCUUCAAUGGCUUGAGUCGAACCAUGGCUGGUAAGGAGCUUCCUAGGCUACCUUACUCGGAAACAUCCAAAACAAAUAUUCAGAAACGUGAAGGGUCUUCACCACUAGCCCUAAAACAAGUAGAAUCGGUUGGUGACCACUGGAUCACACCCAAUAACCACAAGAUGGAAACAUUCUCGUUCCCCAUCACUCCCACCCAGCUAAACAGCUUGGAGCUCAAGUUACUGGGUCAGAAUCCAAACCCAGCUGAAGAAAUCCCAACUUUCGAGCUCAUUUGUGGCGUAAUUUGGCAAUGUGUAGCCAAAGUGAGAGAAGGGUCGGAGCCGAAAUUGGUGACAAUCUGCAGAAAUGGUACUAAACGUGCGGCUGGGAAAUAUGGCAAUUGUCAGAUAAUAAGCACAGUCGAGGCUGCAGAUGUUGCGGAUGUGGAUCCGAAAAGUUUAGCAGCAAUGCUGGCGAAGCGUGACGAGAGUGACGAGCAAUCCCUCAUCGGAGAAGUGGUGGACAGAGAUAAUGGAGUGUCGGAUUAUAUUGUGUACGGGGCGAACUUGACAUUUGUGAACUGGGAAGAUGCAGAUUUCUAUGGGUUUGAAGCUGAUGGACAUAAGCCAGUUUGUGUGAAUUACAGCAUACAAGGUGUCGGUGAUGAAGGAGCUAUUUUGGUUCUGCCAGGGCCAAAUGGUGAAGGAAGAGUGGUGAAUGUUAUUCUGCCAGAAAAAGAAGUUUUGGGGUUGAAAGCUGAGUUGAGAAAGAGUGAUCUUAUGGUUGAGAUCAAUUAGGGUUUGGUGUGCGUGCUUGGUAUUUUAAUGUUAUGUGUGAUGUCAUUCCAGGUUAAUAAGGCCUGUAUAAUUAUAUGUUAAUGAUAGUGAUAAUAAUGUUAAGCUAUUUUGUUUCUAUUAUUGCAAUC